AUGUGUCUCACUGUGUCCAUUUUCCUCUCUUCGCAGGGCAAGGUGGAGUAUCUGGUGAAGUGGAAAGGCUGGCCCCCCAAGUACAGCACAUGGGAGCCGGAGGAACACAUCCUGGACCCUCGCCUCGUCAUGGCCUACGAGGAGAAGGAGGAGAGAGACCGAGCGUCGGGGUAUAGGAAGAGAGGCCCGAAGCCCAAGCGGCUUCUGCUGCAGCGGCUGUACAGUAUGGACCUGCGGAGCUCGCACAGGGCCAAGGGCAAGGAGAAGCUCUGCUUCUCCCUGACCUGCCCACUCGGCAGCGGGAGCCCCAAGGGGGUGGUCAAGGCGGGGACACCCAAGCUGGUGGACAAGGGCCCCUUGGUGCCUGCCCUGCCCUUCCCGCUCUGCAAGCCGGGCCAGGCCCACAAGUACCUGCGGCUGUCACGAAAGAAGUUCCCGCCCCGCGGGUCCUACCUGGAAAGUCACAGCCAUGGACAGGAGCUCUCCCCGCAGGACUCGCCAGCCCCAGAUGCCCUGCAGACGGCCGGCCAGUGGGAGCCUGAGGAGCAGCCCCCUGAGGAGGAGGCAGAUGCAGAUCUGGCUGAUGGGCCCCCAUCCUGGACACCUGCACUCCCCUCAAGCGAAGUGACCGUGACAGACAUCACCGCCAACUCGGUCACUGUCACCUUCCGUGAGGCCCAGGCAGCUGAGGGCUUCUUCCGAGACCGUGGCAGGAAGCUGUGACCCAGGCUCCCACUCUUCCUCAACUGUUCUCUGGGGUGUGGGGUGGGGGACCCCAGAGACCAGGAGGGGCCGGGGCAGGGUGAUAUUUCAGUGGAAAAGAAGACUCCCCCCACAACCCUCCCACCACCCAACCUUUCUCGGUGAGGGAUGGAGACAGCGGGCCUGGAGAGCCCCCGGCCCAGCCCCGCCUGGCGGCUGGCAUGCUAACAUCACCCAAACCUCCCUCUCUGCUCGGGCUAUAUGGUGGAACUGGAGGCUGCUUUGAUCUCCAAGGACAGGAUCAGAUGGAGGCCUUGAGAUGGCCAGGCAGGGUCCUGAUCCUCCAGAGGCUUCUGCCCUUCUGAGAGCGGGCUGCCCACCGAGCCCCUCCUCCCCAGCGGGUAUGGAAGCGCCCACGCGUAUGUCCAGCCGCACACCCGUGGCCGCCUCCUUCAGAAGCUGCCGAGAACACAGGGCGACUCGGCACACGCAAACUUGCCACGGAGCCCCUCUCUCCACUUUGCAUGCGCGUCCCGUGACGGGAUCUGCCGGCUCUGCUUGCUCAGAGCCCA